AUGGAGAUUCUGUGGAUAAUUUUGGUCAAAGACGUGAAAAUGCGAAUUGCUUUCUGUACAGAUUUGGAGAAGUCCGUACUCGUAAGCAAUUUUGAAAAAAGAGGAUGGAUUCAGGUCAGCCCAGACGAGGACUGGAACUUCUAUUGGGCAGGAACGCUCACGUGCAGAAACAUAUUCAGCGUGGAUAGUGGAUACCGCAUGAACGACUUUCAGGCCAUAAAUCACUUUCCAAAUCAUUAUGAGCUGACCAGAAAGGACCUUCUGAUAAAGAACAUCAAAAGGUACAGGAAGGAGUUGGAGCGCGAGGGCAGUCCUUUGGCCGAACGCUCUGAAACAGGAAGAUAUCUGCACUUGGAUUUUGUUCCCAUCACUUUCAUCCUGCCCGCCGAUUACAACAUGUUCGUCGAGGAGUACAGGAAAAGUCCCUUGAGCACGUGGAUCAUGAAGCCGUGUGGUAAAUCGCAGGGCGCCGGCAUUUUUCUCAUCAACCGCCUCUCAAAACUGAAAAAGUGGUCCAGGGAGAGCAAGACGCCUUUUAAUCCAGCCAUUGCCAAAGAAUCGUACGUCAUCUCCAGAUAUAUUGACAAUCCCCUCCUGAUCGGAGGAAAGAAAUUUGACCUGCGACUGUACGUGCUGGUGACCUCGUUCCGACCUUUGAAGGCGUAUUUGUUCAAGCAGGGCUUUUGUCGAUUUUGCACGGUCAAAUAUGACGCGGCCGUGCAAGAGCUGGACAACACGUUUGCCCACCUGACCAACGUGUCCAUCCAACGGCAAGGAGGCGAGUACAACAGCAUGCACGGCGGCAAGCUGAGCGUGCAAAACCUGCGGCUGUACCUGGAGAGCACGAGGGGCAAAAGUGUGACCGAGCGGCUUUUCGCCAACAUUUCGUGGCUCAUCGUGCACUCGUUGCGCGCCGUGGCCUCCGUGAUGGCCAGCGACCGCCACUGCUUUGAGUGCUAUGGCUACGACAUCAUCAUCGACAGCAAACUCAAACCGUGGCUUAUCGAAGUGAACGCCUCGCCCUCUCUCACGUCGACAACCGUGAGCGACCGGAUCCUGAAAUACAAGCUCAUCAGCAAUAUUUUGAGUAUUGUGUUGCCUCCGGACGGAAUGCCUGACGUGAGAUGGAACAAAACACCCUCGCCCGAGGCGCUCGGGAAUUUUGAGCUUUUGUUAGACGAGGAUUUGGCCGCCCAGGACGACGCGGGACCAUCGUCCUCCUCCAGCCAUGGCUCGGCCAGAUAUGGAAGACCUUCCAACCGAUGGAAGUGAAGAUUAAAUUGGAUGGAAUUAAAAUAAAAUUAAUAAAAUAAAAUACAAUCGAUUA